CCUCGUACCGAGUCACAUCAACAGCUCGCAACUGUAUUUUUUUUUUAAGUUAAGAAAAGACAUUCUUUUUUUUUUUUUAAGUAACAGUGACUCCUUCCAAGGAUUUCUUUUAAAGAACUGGUUCAGAUCCGGCGUAUCAGGAAAAAGGAAAUAAAGAAAUCUGCCUCGCCAAUGGCCGGAGGAUGCGAUUUAGGUGGCGAAAAUGGUGGCGGUACAAAUAAUACUAAAAGAUUGACCAUCGCGUUUAUCGGGGCCAAAAGCGUCGGUAAGACGUCCAUCAUCCGGCAAUUUGUGAGCAAUCAAUUCAGCAAUGUCGUCGGACCGACCGUGCACCCGCAACGCUACGCCACCAGUUUGGUUCUAUCCAAUAAUCGCAUCAUUGAAAUUCACAUUUCCGAUUUUCCCGCCAUCGAUAAAUUUCCUGAAGAUUCGCUCCAAGAGUGGAACCUCCAUUGCUCCUCAUCCGGCACGAAGCAAAGCAGCAAAACAGUUCACAAACCUCCGCAAUCGUUUUGCCGAUUAAGACAAGCAUCCGCCUACGUGCUCGUGUUCGACUCUUCCAGACCGGCGCCCACGUUCCAGUACAUCCGUCAGAUGCGCGAUCAGAUUCUCAGUCACGGUGGUAAGGAUGUUUACAAGAAACCAAUGGUCGUGGCGGCAAACAAACAAGAUCUCGUUCACAUGGCCAGAGGUCCGUCAGCUAGCGCCACAACAACAUGGUGCAAUCGCGGACCUUUAAUGAAGAGUCGCCGACGUGCAGCGACUCACCAGCAGACGCCCGUCCACAACAACAACAACGGAACGAGUCAUUCGGGCGCAGGUGUUAAUAACGGCGGCAAGAAUGGCCAUAACGGAACGAACGCAACAUCCAGCGAAUGGAGUUGCACCGUCCGCAAACAAUGGCGUUGUCUUUACGUCGAAUGCAGCGCCAAAUUCAAUUGGCAGGUCGUGCAUCUGUUCCAGCAGGUGGUCAACGCGAUCGAGAGCUGUUCGGCGGAUGGCCAUCGGCAUCAGUCGGGCGGUGAUCCAUCGCGUCAUCAAUUGCCGCACUCGAUCGCUCAGCUCGUUCAUCUCGGUCAAUUGGCUCAUCUGGGUGGGUUCAUCAACGUUCCUGGAGCGCCUCCCGUUGUUAUGACGUUGCCACCUCCACCGAGACCGUCUUCACCGGAACGUCGUCGAACAAUUGGCAGAAGAUUACAAUGCCCAGUCUGUUGAUGAAAUUCUUGUUUUUGUUUUUUAAAAUUAAUUCUAAACCGAU